AAUGACGUCACGCUCAAACGCUUAAACAUGUGGUUUAAAGCGGUCUUGGAGUAGGAUUUGAAGCGUUUUUAUACUGACAGAAAUGAGAAAGAAGAUUCUUAUAACCUAAAACUUUUAAUUAUUUGUUUAUUGUUUAUAAUCUGAUUAUAUUUUAACAAUUAUGGAUAACAAUAUGGAAAUGAUGAGUUUAGAACUUGCAGAAGGUAUUACAGUUAACGUCGACCAAGAAACAGGAGGACAAUUGCUAGAAGAUCCAACAUUUGCAGCAUCUUAUUUAAGAAUGGUAAGACAGGCACUCGAAAGUGAACAAGAACAAAAUGAAAAUAUCACUGAAUCUGCGGAAAACAAGAGCUCAUAUUUUAAAUAUAAAGAUAAACAAAGAAGAACUGGUGAAGGUAAAAUAGAUAAGCCUCCUUAUUAUGAUGAACUUGAGAAUAUCUUGGGAGAUCGACACAAUGCACAACCACUACUUGUGAUUGAUUCAACAGUGGCGUCUACCAAAACUGAUUUUUCUAAGGAAAGUUCUUCUGAACUCAACUUACUAAAUUACAUUCCUAGUACUUCUCAAUGCAAAACAAAACCAACAACCCAUACUGGCAUGAUCUCAAACAGUGAAGAUGAUGAAGUAGGAUCAUUUAGCUAUACAGUUAGCUCUCCUAGCACUUCAAAAUUAGGAAUAAACCGAUUUGCACAUAAUAAAGUAACUGUAAAACCCCCUACACCUCGAAACAAAGCAUUAGAUGAACUGGUGCAAAUACAGAGAGAGAAUCAGAAGGAAAGACAGAAUGAAUUCAAAGCUAUGACGGAGUUAUUUAAUAAUGAAAGUACUAAUAGGCACCAGGAAAUGAUGGCGUUGUUGUCAAAUAUUAAAAAUAAAAACCCGAAAAGAAAAAGAGAUGACUCUGAUAGCUCGGACUAG